AGGACUUCAUGUCGAAGAGGCAGUAUGACCUCGCCGCGACGUCCUUCGCCAGCGCCCUCCGAGCGCUAGGGGAGCGGAGCUCGGCCCCCGAGCGGAUCGUCGUCUCCGGCGGCGAGGCCGCGCAGGAGCGCAGGAUGGGCCUGUUCACGCGGACUGCGGAGGAGCAGGCAGGGCGCCCUGUCUACCAGAAUCCGAGCGGCCAGUACCUGUAUGCCCAGAGCCGGCGGGCUGCUGGCGCAUUGGGCCGGCCCCCAGCGGCUUGCAGGUCGCCGACGCGGCCGGCGGUCGCCGAUCUCGGCGGCGGGUGGCUCUCGAGGGCCCCCAGACGGCGCGGGGACCACGCCGCGUGGUGAGGCAGUUGAGCAACGAAGAGAAUCGGGGCUUACACGAAGUGGCACCGCGACCCUGCUCGGUGGCUUGUGCAGACCGCCAGCGCGGCACGCCACACAGGAAGCGGGCGGGGCCCUCACGCUCGGCCUGGUGCUGGCAGCAUGCGCGCUAAUGUCGCUGAAGACGAACCCGGUUUCCUUCGUCGCUCAGUUGAGGUUCAGGGUUUUCUGGCGUUUCCGCCGGUUCCUUGGGGUUUCCCUUCCCCGGGAUGCGUUCCAGCAGCUGCACCUCGC